CCCGCGACGGAAGGACCUGUUUCAACAGCCCCAGCUGAGGUCGGCGGCCGGCGGAGAGGUAAGGGGCUCAGAGACGCAGACGUUCCCUCCCGGAGCCAAGUUCCCCGCUGUUCUCGCGGGCCACCUCGUUUUCCUUCCCCCACUGGCCGCGACUCGGAGGGUUCCGUUCCGCGGCGGGGGCGCGGCCGGGGACUGGGCUGCGAGUGGGCUGCGGCAGGCGGGUCGGAUAGAGUUCGCGGCCCGCCCCGAGGCCGCCUCACGACAGCCCGAAGACAAAAAAGGCUCGGCGGGGGCGUCGUCGCCCCACGCCCGGAACUCAGUUCCCCACUUCUCCCGCGGGGCCGCCAGAGACCCGCGAGCGUCGGGAGCGCUACGGGCCUGGUCAAGGCGGGGCAGCCAUAGCGCCAGCCCCUAUCUCCGCCCCCGCGCCUUUCAGCAGUAAGAAACUCUAGUUGGCUUGCUUUCCAAUCAUAGUUUGGUUCUGUCAUUUUAAAAAGUCCCUACCUUGUAACGCCGGGCUCCAUCUCGGGAACUGACCGAGGCUGUGAGUGCUUGGGAACCGGGCCCGCUCGGCGGCCGCAGCCCGGGCGUCCCACCUCCUUGCAGCAGGUCGGGCGCCGAGGCCCCGGAGCAACGCGGAGAUGAGGAGCAGGAGCAAUUCCGGGGUCCGCUUAGACGGAUACGCGCGGCUGGUGCAGCAAACAAUCCUGUGUUACCAGAAUCCCGUCACGGGGCUGCUGUCAGCCAGUCACGAGCAGAAGGACGCCUGGGUGCGGGAUAACAUCUACAGCAUCCUGGCCGUGUGGGGCCUGGGCAUGGCCUACCGCAAGAAUGCUGACCGUGAUGAGGACAAGGCCAAGGCCUACGAGUUGGAGCAGAACGUGGUGAAACUGAUGCGGGGUCUUCUCCAGUGCAUGAUGAGACAGGUGGAUAAAGUGGAGAGGUUCAAGCACACUCAGAGUACCAAGGACAGCCUGCAUGCCAAGUACGACACCGCCACCUGCAGCACCGUGGUGGGCGACGACCAGUGGGGCCACCUCCAGGUUGAUGCCACCUCCCUCUUCCUCCUGUUUCUGGCCCAGAUGACUGCUUCCGGCUUACGUAUUAUUUUCACUCUUGACGAGGUGGCCUUCGUACAGAAUCUUGUUUUUUACAUAGAAGCUGCAUAUAAAGUCGCUGAUUAUGGAAUGUGGGAACGUGGAGAUAAGACCAAUCAGGGCAUUCCAGAACUGAAUGCAAGCUCUGUAGGAAUGGCCAAGGCAGCCCUAGAGGCAAUUGACGAACUGGACCUUUUUGGAGCCCAUGGAGGUCGCAAGUCCGUGAUCCACGUUCUGCCUGAUGAGGUCGAACACUGCCAGUCUAUUCUGUUCUCCAUGCUGCCAAGAGCAUCGACAUCUAAAGAGAUUGAUGCUGGGCUUCUUUCCAUUAUUUCUUUCCCGGCCUUUGCAGUGGAAGAUGUGAACCUUGUGAAUGUGACCAAAAAUGAAAUUAUUUCCAAGCUCCAGGGGCGUUAUGGAUGCUGUCGCUUCCUUCGAGAUGGUUAUAAAACCCCAAGAGAGGACCCAAACCGAUUGCAUUAUGACCCUGCUGAACUCAAGCUCUUUGAAAACAUUGAAUGUGAAUGGCCUGUGUUCUGGACUUAUUUCAUAAUAGAUGGGGUCUUCAACGGUGAUGCUGUUCAGGUCCAAGAAUACCGAGAGGCCCUGGAGGGAAUAUUAAUCAGAGGCAAGAACGGGAUCCACCUGGUGCCUGAGCUCUACGCCAUCCCGCCUAACAAGGUAGAUGAAGAGUAUAAGAAUCCUCACACGGUGGACAGAGUUCCUCUGGGGAAGGUGCCCCAUCUGUGGGGUCAGUCCUUGUACAUCCUCAGCUCCCUGUUGGCAGAGGGAUUCCUUGCCACUGGUGAAAUUGAUCCCUUAAAUAGAAGAUUUUCCACUUCCGUCAAACCUGAUGUCGUAGUACAAGUGACUGUUCUGGCAGAGAACAACCACAUUAAGGAGCUGCUGAGGAAACAUGGGGUGAGCAUCCAGAGUAUUGCCGACAUUCAUCCAAUCCGAGUCCAGCCAGGCCGGAUUCUUAGUCACAUAUAUGCCAAGCUUGGACGGAAUAAGAAUAUGAAAUUGAGUGGGCGACCAUAUCGGCACAUUGGUGUCCUUGGAACAUCUAAACUAUAUGUGAUUAGGAACCAAAUCUUUACUUUCACACCCCAGUUCACUGACCAGCAUCACUUCUACCUGGCCCUGGACAAUGAGAUGAUGGUGGAGAUGCUGAGGAUCGAGCUAGCCCACCUGUGCACCUGCUGGCGGAUGACGGGCAGACCCACGCUCACCUUCCCCGUCACCCACACCAUGCUCACAAACGAUGGCUCAGAUAUUCAUUCUGCUGUUCUUUCUACAAUUCGAAAACUAGAGGAUGGAUAUUUUGGAGGAGCUAGAGUAAAAUUAGGGAGUCUUUCGGAAUUUCUCACCACCUCCUUCUACACGUAUCUGACCUUCCUGGAUCCAGACUGUGAUGAGAAGUUGUUUGACGAUGCCAGUGAAGGGAGCUUCAGUCUUGAUAGUGAUUCAGAUUUGGGAGGAUAUUUGGAAGACACCUAUAAUCAAGAAAGCCAGGAUGAACUUGACCAGUAUAUCAACCACCUCCUGCAAAGCACAUCCUCGAAGUGCUAUCUGCCACCUCUUUGUAAGAAGACAGAGGACAGCCAUGUUUUCAGUGCCAUCUACUCCACUCGGGAUAUACUUUCCGUGAUGGCAAAAGCAAAGGGUUUGGAAAUUCCAUUUGUUCCCAUGGCUUUGCCAACUAAAGUUCUAAGUGCCCACCGUAAAUCACUGAAUCUUGUUGAUUCUCCUCAGCCGCUCCUAAAAAAGGCCCCCGAAGAUGACUUCCAGUUUCCCAGAGAUGACCACGGCGACGUAGACUGUGAGAAGCUGACUGAGCAGCUAAAAGAUUGUUCGAACCUACAGGACCAAGCGGACAUUCUGUACAUUCUGUAUGUAAUAAAACAGAAGACGACGCAGCCCUCUCGGGGUCCCGGCUGGGACACAAAUCUCUCUGGACAGCACGGGGUCACUGUUCACAACCUCCUCAGCGAGCUCUAUGGAAAAGCCGGCUUGAACCAGGAGUGGGGUCUGAUCCGCUACAUCUCUGGCCUACUCAAGAAGAAAGUGGAAGUCCUGGCUGAGGCCUGCACGGACCUGCUGUCGCACCAGAAGCAGCUCACGGUGGGCCUGCCGCCAGAACCCCGGGAGAAGACCAUCUCUGCGCCUCUUCCCCCCGAGGAGCUCACAGAACUCAUUUACGAAGCCAGCGGGCAGGACAUCAGCAUCGCUGUCCUCACGCAGGAGAUUGUGGUUUACCUGGCAAUGUAUGUCAGGGCACAGCCCAGCCUCUUCGUGGAGAUGCUGAGACUCCGGAUUGGACUCAUCAUUCAGGUGAUGGCCACGGAGCUGGCGCGGAGCCUGAACUGUUCAGGAGAAGAAGCUUCUGAAAGUUUGAUGAACCUCAGCCCUUUCGAUAUGAAAAAUCUCCUACACCAUAUUUUAAGUGGAAAAGAGUUUGGUGUUGAAAGAAGCGUGCGGCCUAUCCAUUCCUCCACAUCCAGCCCUGCCAUCUCCAUCCAUGAGGUGGGACAUACUGGAGCCACCAAAACCGAGAGGAGUGGCAUCAACAGGCUGAGGAGUGAGAUGAAACAGAUGACUAGGCGAUUUAGUGCUGAUGAACAGCUCUUUUCUGUGAGCCAGGCCCCGGCCGGCAGCGCACGCUCCUCCAAGUCUCUGAGGUGCAGCACCCCAUCCUCACCCACGGGCACGUCAUCGUCAGACUCAGGUGGGCAUCACAUCGGCUGGGGGGAGCGGCAGGGCCAGUGGCUGCGCAGGAGAAGGCUGGACGGGGCCAUCAACAGGGUCCCCGUGGGAUUCUACCAGAAGGUGUGGAAGGUCCUUCAGAAGUGCCACGGUCUGUCCAUCGACGGUUAUGUGCUCCCAUCCUCGACGACGCGAGAGAUGACCCCACAGGAGAUCAAGUUUGCUGUCCACGUCGAGUCGGUGCUGAACCGAGUGCCGCAGCCUGAGUACCGGCAGCUGCUGGUGGAGGCCAUCAUGGUGCUGACGCUGCUCUCGGACACGGAGAUGAACAGCAUCGGGGGCGUCAUCCACGUGGACCAGAUCGUGCACAUGGCCAACCAGCUGUUCCUGCAGGACCAGAUGUCGAUCGGUGCCACGGACACGCUGGAGAAGGACCAAGCCACGGGCAUUUGCCACUUCUUUUACGACAGUGCUCCCAGCGGGGCUUAUGGGACAAUGACCUACCUAACGAAGGCGGUGGCUUCUCAUUUGCAGGAACUGCUGCCCAGUUCAGGCUGCCACAUGCAAUAGGGCCUCGGCGCUCUGAGUCUGUCACUUUCUCAUGGGAACUUUCUUGUGUUCCCCAAGAUCCCCUGUGCUGUCACAAAAGCAUUUCCCAUCAGAAGCACUGGCAGGGAGGAGAUGGCAGUGACACACCUGAAAGCAGUAUACGUCCAAGCCACAGAAUCCUGUGCCCGCCCCGAGGAGCGCCCUGGGAUCAUCGUCUACAUUCAUUUUGCUGGAAAGUUUGUCACAGCAUCUGGUCUCCUGGAGUCUGAGGAGGUAUUGGAAAUUGGUCUCUUUUGAGUGCAGAGUGAAGUGAGAAGGCAGCUUAAAUUGGCUUUCACAGAGUUACCGAACAGGUUCAAUGAGCUAGUGACACAUCUUCAAGAUGGAAAGAUCCUUCCAGCAGCUGCGGACCUUGACAAGGGGCACAUCUUAACAGGGUACAGUCUGUCUGUGGGUCAAAAUGUUUAGCAAAUAGAACAACUCAUUCUGCAGAGG